GUGUGAAGACGGCUUCGCGUGUUUGCCUAUGUAGACAUCUUUUCCGUCUUCUGCAUUGAAGAGGCUCAGAAAGGAAGUCCAUAAAAAAAAAUUGCGUUUACUUAAAACUAUAAAAAGCUAUAGACCCGUUUUUUUUUUAAAUAGUGCAAUGAGUUAGGAUUGCCCUCCUCAAAAGUAACACAGAAUUCGCAAGUAGGCAGAGCAUUCAUGAUGAACGUGCUGCAACUCACGAUGAGAUUUUUAGUUGUUUUGGUAUUGAUGAUUGGAUACAAUGACGCCCAAAAGAGAAUCAUAUUUAGAGCUGAUGAUGAAAAUGUUGCCGAUGAAUAUUCACCAAAAAAUGUGAAGAUACCUGAGAAGCUUUUAAUUCAAAUGAGAGAUGUUAAAGAUACUACGGAAUUCUUAAACAAAUUUGUUCAACCCUAUGUAGUUGUUGGAACCGAAAGCCCCUACAUUUACGGCAGACGACCAAUGAAAUCACCACCAAUGCCAAUGAAUGCUAAACCGGGAAAUUGUGAACCAGAGGAGCAAGUUGUCGAAUUAGAAAGACCAGGGAACGGAGCCGUGUUUUUGUGGCCUCCCUGUGUUCGUGUCCGUCGUUGUGGAGGAUGUUGCACUAGUAAGAUGCUCACCUGCAGUCCAAUUGCAACUUCGCUCUAUAAUGUAACGGUACUUCAAGUUCUUUACAACCCUCAAACACCCAAUGCUUUUGAAAACCAGGGUACAAACGUUUUUUCACUCGAGCAACAUGAUCGAUGUGCUUGUAAAUGUAAGGAAAAUGCAAAUAAUUGCUCGGUUCGUCAAGUAUUUCGUGAAGACGAAUGUAGAUGUAUAUGCACUAACCAAGAAGAAGCUGUACAGUGUACUGGCCCCAAAAGGAUAUGGGAUAACUCAGAAUGUGCCUGUAAAUGCAGAAAAAUUCUUGAUUGCUCAACAGGGAGCAUCUUCAAUCCUCUGAAAUGCCGGUGUGAAAUAGAAAGGAGAUCUAUGAGAGCAACAAGUGCAAAUAAUAAUCGAAGGUUUCUUAUUUCUGACUGAUUUCUUCUGCACUUCAAUUAUUAAACCGUACAACAAUCGAAAGAAAUACUAGGAUAUCAUGAAAAGCCGUAAAGUUCUCGAAAGAUUCAAGAAGCCCGCUUGGCCGGCUGCUCUAGCCGAAAAUAAAAUUUUAUGAUUAAAAAGCAUAUACAGAACAAAAAGAUAAGACAUAAGUUUGAAAACAUUUUCAAAAUCAUUUCAAAUGUACGUCUUAAAAUGCAUAAAUGAGUUUUGAAAUUUUACAUCCUCAUUAGCCAAAGAAAAGACUAAUUGAAAUAAUAUUUUGCUUCCUAAAAAAAUUUAAUAAUAAAAAAAUUUCAAACGUCUAAAAAAAAUUGUACAUUGCUUACUGCGUCAUUGAUAUACAUUUAUCAAAUUGGGC